AAAGACCGGUCCAGGUGGCAGGGGCAGCUGCUGGUCGACGCCCUUACCUGGGCGUCGCCCUGCUGCUUCCGGGAAGAUGGCACCCAGACGGUGAAGAGGAAGGGGCAUCGAGCCGGCAUGCAAAUGACAUCGGAUCCAGCAUGCAACGGGAGAAACCCCUCACAAAACCUAGCCAAAACCCCCUAAAAACAAUGAGCAAACACAAAAUUGAGGAAUCAAAGUGAUGUCUCGACGUGAGGAACAGAACCUAGUAUCCGCUAAGACCCUUUUUACCCCUCACCCUAACUGCUGAUGUCGGCUAGACAGAGCAGUGCGACUGUUGAAGCAACAGACGGUGUAUUAUCUGUAAGUUGGUGAGGACUCAAGACCAACCUUUGAACCCGCAGUUAGCGAACAACGCCGCGCUUUCCUCGUUAUCUGAGUCGCUAUUGGGAGUAGUGGCCGCCCGAGCGAGGACCCGUCGAUUCUCCCCACCCGAGCUGAUCGUUUCUAAUAAGAGCAGCAUUAACAAGGAGAAUAGUCUUCUGCCCGUGUCUAUUUCAAAGAGUGGUCCUUCACAUGGACCUUGAUCUAUGUCACUGCCUGGGACGAAACUGUUUGGGGGUCACUGUGGCCCUUGUGGUGUAAUCGCCUAAGAGUAAAGGGGAAUCCUUUAAACCCCAGACACGACUUUCCACGGUUUCGAUACAUUAUUAAAAGUGUGUCUAUUAGGCUGUGGCUCUUUGGGGAGAUUUGGACAUGCUCAGUUCAUCGCAGCCACUACCGCAGGAGCCCGGCACUCUGCUAGAGGCGGAGAGGGUCUUCACGCCACGCUCAAGAUGGCGGCCCGCAGGAGCCGGGCCGGGCGCCACGCUCAAGAUGCCGUGUCAGCCGCCCCGCCUUCCCCGCCUCGCCGGCUGUGACUUCCGGAGGGAGCGGGAGAGGGCGUCCGUCCCAUGGUAACUGCGCCACGGUGGGGACGCUGCGGCCGCCUUUCGCUUCCUGCCGCCGUCCGGCCCGCGAACACGGGCAGCCGCCGCCUCCGGGGUUGCGCUGCCGGCAGCCGCCAGGUCGCGAGGAACAUCACGUGUCCACUGAGAACUUGGAGCAUGGCUAUGAGCAACACCAGUGACUCUGUGGUCCUGAGCAAUGGCAGCAUCUUGUCAAAUGCUGCUGGCCCAGGGGUUGUUGCAGCUAAUGACAGAGACAUCACGGUCCAACAACUCCCAUCCAAGGAAACACCAAGAUCAAAACCAAGUCCAAAUGGCUGCCUGCAACUAAAUGGUACAAUCAGACCAUCCUUUCUGCCUUUAGACAACCAAAGAACUCAGCAGAUGUUGUCGCAAUGCUGCCACCCUUGUCCAUACCAUCAUUCUUUAAAUAGCCAUAAUAGCAAGCAAGAAUGUCAUUCAGUGGUUGGCAGCUCAGCAUCAUCUCCUAUGACCUCGUGCUGUAUGCAGCCACACACUGAGUACUCAGCCUCUAUUUGCCAAAAACACACCCCUGUCUAUCACCCUGCCUGCUGUCUUCAGCCCUCCCCAUCCUUCUGCCUUCACCAUCAGUGGCCUGACCAUUUCCAGCAUCAGCCUGUGCAGCAACACCUAGCCAGGAUAAGAAAGGCAAUCUUAUUUGCUCCUAUUUGCUGUGAAAGUAGAGCAGAUGCUCACUUGGAACUGAAGAGGCCAACCAGACCAUUGAAGUUACCAAAAAGCUAUGCUGCGCUCAUCGCUGACUGGCCUGUGGUGGUCCUGGGCAUGUGCACUGUGCUCAUAGUGGUGUGUGCACUCGUGGGAAUAUUAGUUCCAGAUCUUCCAGAUUUCUCUGAUCCACUGCUGGGUUUUGAACCCAGAGGGACAGCCAUAGGACAGAAACUGGUCACAUGGAACAACAUGGUGAAAAACACAGGGUACAAAGCAACACUUGCAAACUACCCUUUCAAAUAUGCAGAUGAGCAAGCUAAAAGUCAUCAAGAUGACAGAUGGUCAGAUGACCACUAUGAAAGAGAGAAGAGGCAAGCAGACUGGAACUUCCACAAGGAUACCUUUUUCUGUGAUAUUCCAAGUGAUCGCUAUUCACGAGUGGUGUUUACAUCAACAGAAGGAGAGAAUUUAUGGAAUUUGAAUGCAAUUAAGUCAAUGUGCAAUGUAGACAACUUGAGGAUCAGAUCCCAUUCCCAGUUUGGUGAUCUCUGCCAGAGAGCCACUGCUGCUUCAUGCUGUCCCAGCUGGACACUGGGCAACUAUAUUGCUAUUCUAAACAACAGGUCAUCGUGUCAGAAAAUUGUCGAACGGGAUGUCUCUCACACCCUAAAGCUGCUUCGCACUUGUGCCAAAUACUACUACAACGGAACCCUGGGGCCGGACUGCUGGGACAUGAAUGCCAAAAGGAAGGACCAACUCAAGUGUACAAACGUGCCUCGAAAAUGUACCAAGUACAAUGCUGUUUACCAGAUCCUUCACUAUCUAGUGGACAAGGAUUUCUUAAGCCCAAAGACAGCUGACUAUGUAUUACCAGCUUUAAAAUACAGCAUGCUCUUCUCUCCCACUGAGAAAGGGGAAAGCAUGAUGAGUAUUUACCUAGAUAACUUUGAGAACUGGAAUGCUUCUGAUGGUGUAACAACCAUCAUGGGGAUUGAGUUCGGAAUAAAACAUAGAUUGUUUCAAGAUUAUCUGUUGAUGGAUACUGUGUAUCCUGCCAUAGCCAUUGUAAUUGUCCUGUUAGUUAUGUGUGUGUACACCAAGUCCAUGUUUAUCACGUUAAUGACUAUGUUUGCAAUAAUUAGUUCCUUGAUUAUUUCUUAUUUUCUCUAUCGGGUAGUGUUUAAUUUUGAGUUCUUCCCAUUCAUGAAUCUCACGGCAUUGAUUAUCCUUGUUGGGAUUGGAGCAGAUGAUGCUUUUGUCUUAUGUGAUGUUUGGAACUACACAAAGUUUGAUAAACCUCAUGCUGGCACCUCUGAGACAGUGAGCAUCACAUUGCAACACGCUGCUCUUUCCAUGUUUGUCACAAGUUUUACAACCGCUGCUGCCUUCUAUGCUAAUUACGUCAGCAAUAUCACAGCAAUCAGGUGUUUCGGUGUUUAUGCUGGCACUGCCAUUCUGGUUAAUUAUGUUUUGAUGGUUACAUGGCUGCCUGCUGUAGUUGUAUUACAUGAACGAUACCUUGUCAAUAUUUUCAGUUGCUUUAAGAAACCUCAGCAGAGGGUAUGCAACAACAAAAACUGCUGGACAGUGUUGUGCCAAAUGUUCCACAAGAUUAUUUUUGCAGUCUCAGAAGCAUCCAGGAUAUUUUUUGAGAAAGUUUUGCCAUGCAUUGUUAUCAAAUUUCGGUAUAUUUGGCUUUUCUGGUUCCUUGCCUUAACAAUUGGUGGAGCAUAUAUCGUGUGUGUAAAUCCAAAGAUGAAAUUGCCAUCAUUGGAGCUCUCAGAGUUUCAGGUGUUUAGGUCUUCUCACCCAUUUGAACGAUACGAUGCAGAAUACAAAAAACUUUUUAUGUUUGAACGUGUCCACCACGGAGAAGAGCUCCACAUGCCGAUUACCGUAAUCUGGGGUGUCACACCUGAGGAUAAUGGUGAUCCUUUAAACCCUAAAAGCAAAGGAGAGCUGCAGCUAGAUACCAGUUUUAAUAUUGCUAGCCCAGCUUCGCAGGUUUGGAUUUUACGUUUCUGUCAAAAGUUAAGAAAUCAAACCUUUUUUUAUCAGACAGAAGAACAAGACUUCACGAGCUGCUUCAUUGAAACAUUUAAGCAAUGGAUGGAGAAUCAAGACUGUGAUGAGCCAUCUCUUUACCCCUGCUGCAGCCACUGGACCUUUCCAUACAAACAAGAAGUUUUUGAAUUAUGUAUUAAGAGAGCUAUAAUGGAGCUAGAAAGAAGCACAGGGUACCAUUUAGAUAGCAAAACCCCAGGACCUCGCUUUGACCUUAAUGAUACCAUCAGGGCAGUGGUGUUAGAAUUCCAAAGCACCUACCUCUUCACACUGGCUUAUGAGAAAAUGCAUCAGUUCUACAAAGAGGUGGACUCAUGGAUUUCAAGUGAGCUUAGUUCUGCUCCUGAAGGUCUUAGCAAUGGUUGGUUUGUGAGUAACCUUGAAUUUUAUGAUCUUCAGGACAGUCUUUCUGAUGGUACUCUGAUUGCCAUGGGCCUUUCAGUUGCCGUUGCAUUUAGCGUAAUGCUUCUUACAACUUGGAACAUAAUCAUAAGCCUUUAUGCAAUCAUUUCAAUAGCUGGAACUAUUUUUGUCACAGUGGGUUCUCUGGUUCUUCUUGGGUGGGAGCUGAAUGUGUUGGAAUCUGUCACAAUCUCAGUGGCUGUUGGCUUGUCAGUGGACUUUGCUGUUCAUUAUGGAGUGGCUUAUCGCUUGGCCCCUGACCCUGACCGAGAGGGGAAGGUCAUUUUUUCUUUAAGCCGUAUGGGUUCUGCUAUUGCAAUGGCUGCCUUGACUACAUUUGUAGCUGGGGCAAUGAUGAUGCCCUCGACAGUGUUGGCAUACACUCAGCUUGGCACUUUCAUGAUGCUUAUAAUGUGCAUUAGUUGGGCUUUCGCAACAUUCUUUUUCCAGUGCAUGUGCCGAUGCCUUGGGCCCCAGGGCACUUGUGGCCAGAUCCCACUACCAAAAAGACUGCGGUGUAAUGCCUUCUCUCAGGCCUUUUCAGGAGCCCAAGGGGGCAGAAGUCAAAACAAAUCCCACCCUGUUAGCAAGUACCAGAUGGACUCCAGAAGCCAAAAACCAGAAAUGGAGCAUGAGCACUAUGAGCUUGAGCCUCUGGCAUCACAAACUGGAAUCUGUAACCCUGCAGAGAAAGUGACAUAUGGGGAAACUCAUAUCUGCUCAGAGCUUUUCAGCAGCAGGCCCCAAAACUCAUCUGUGCCUGUGCAUCCAGCCUAUAAUAGUGAAGUGAGUAAAGGCAUCAAAAACGUUGCUAAUUCAUCUGUGCUCCAGACCUCUGUUGACCAACACACCAUAUGCCCAAUUUUCUCUCAGAACAGGCAGUGUAGCUGUCCUGAUACGUAUAAACAGGUGACAGUGAAGUGGAGUCCGCACUCCUGUCAGCAGUUAAGUGACACCUUCUGUUACCAGUGUUCUCCCUCCCCAGGGACCGUACAGAUCCAAAGCUCUGUAGUUCCUAUAAAUGCUUUACAGCAAGCUGCCGAGGGUUACGUGCAUCCAGUCCAGCAUAUCCUCCACUGCGACUGCCUUCAGGGAAGGCUCAAAAGAACAAUGACACAAAACUCUCUGCCUAAAAAUUUUUUCCUCCGGUCUGUGCAACAGUUCCAGGCACAUCAGAGAAUAAACAGGACAGAUACACAUGCUCAUCAAAACCCAGAGGAAAACGUAAGAACUGUUCCAAAGGUGAUGAGCUCCUCACAGUUCCUCUACCGAAAUGCAGCACCUCUAAUAGUGCGUUGCUCGGAAUGUGAGAACAGUGUCCAAAGUAAUCAAAAGGGAUUCUGUCAGCAGACAGGUAAGUGUGAUGAAAAGGGUGGUACAGAAGCAAACGAGGUGGAAAGCAAGAAAGCCUCUCUGUCAAAGCAGAAAAAGAAAGCUGACAGCAAGACAGAUCAGUGUUCUUUGCAGAAUGACCAAGUUUUGAAAGCAGACCAAAAUGAUAAAAAUCACCUGCUGACCAGGUCAGGGAGAGAGGCUCGCUCCGAGGGUUGCUGUGAAAGUUCACACUGUUGUGGCAAGGCAAUUGCUGUAAAGUGCAAUUCUGUUGACUGUCAAAUGCCAAACAUCGAAGCCAAUGUGCCUCCUAUGUUAAUGCGCCCAGAACUUUCCAAUGAAAGUUUGUUAAUAAAAACACUAUAAUAAACCUUUAA